AUGUUCUCUUUCAUUGCCGCCAUACUGUUCAGCAUCGCCACAACGGGCACGGGCAGCGCCUUGACGGAGACGCCAAAUAUUACCUCUUGUUCAUCUACACAUGUUGUGGUCAUCGAUGACGUCACCAUCACAAACGCCAAGGUCGGUACAACGAUGACCUUCAGCUACAAGGGUCAACUAACGCAAAGCCUCAACGAUUCCCCGUCACUUAAGAUGACCAUGACGGAGAUAAACGGGGGUGGCCAAAUCCCCUGCAUUAACGACCUGGGAUCAUGCGAGUACCAGCUCUGCGGCGGCACGUCUGAUGUGGAAAAGGAGAUAAGCAAACCCUGGAAUGGCACGUGUCCAAUCCCAGCAGGGAGCUACGACAGCAGCGCUUCCAUCCACAUACCUUACGGGGCUAUUCUCAUUAUAGGGGAUGGCCUUCUCCACAUCAAACUGGAGAUAAUCAAUGGCGGGAUUUCUGUAGAGUGCAAUGAGUUUGACAUCAAAGUGUAUGAGGUGUGA